AUUGUUUAAAAUUAUGAAGAAAAAUAAUUAAAAAAAAUUAUAUAAAUUUAAUGUGUUUUAUUAAAAUGUGUGAAAAAUCUAAAAUAUGUAACAUUUUGAAACUGAUAGGGUAACAUUUUUUGUAAGGGAAAAAGACUGAAAUUUGACGCUAAGACGAGGGCUUGACUCGUUCAAUGGGGGCGUACGUGGGUCCUACAAAAGCUUUACUUAGGUAUAAAAGUCAUAAUAAACACAUUACAAUAAAAGUAAUCAACACACACACACAAGAAUAUUCUUCUCUUUCCCAAUGUCCGUACAAAAGGUAUAAUAAACAAACAAAAAAACUUAAAACGCGUAAAAAUUUUCUAAUUUCACUCGGAGACACCAAUCUCUACUUCAACAAAUAAUUAAUGCCAACCAGUCUCCAUAUAAAAGCAAAUAGUUUGUAAUAACAUAUAUCUACAAAUAAAACGAGGUUUCCUUUUGUAGCAACACAUACAACAAUGGCGAAGGAGCUUACAGUUGGGUUUCGCUUCUAUCCCACGGAAGACGAACUGAUUGCGUUCUACCUAAGAAACCAGCUCGAAGGAAGGAGUGGUGACACAAUACACCGUGUCAUCCCAGUUCUAGAUGUCUUUGAGGUCGAGCCAAGUCAUCUUCCAAAUAUUGCGGGAGAUAGAUGUCGAGGAGAUGCUGAGCAAUGGUUCUUCUUCGUGCCAAGACAAGAACGCGAAGCAAGAGGAGGCAGACCGAGCAGAACCACUGGUUCAGGGUACUGGAAAGCAACUGGGUCACCUGGUCCAGUCUUUUCGAAAGAUAACCGAAUGAUUGGAGUCAAGAAAACUAUGGUUUUCUACACUGGAAAAGCACCAACAGGAAGAAAAACAAAAUGGAAGAUGAAUGAAUACAAAGCCGUUGAUGAAACGUUCAACGUUUCCACAGUCCAUAAGUUGAGACAUGAAUUCAGCUUAUGUCGGGUCUACAUAACAUCAGGAAGCUCAAGAGCUUUUGAUAGACGCCCAAUGGGAUUUUUUCAGGCAGAGAGAAUGCUUACACGUGAUGUUGCAGUUGGUGAGAGAUCAGUUCGCGUGGAAAGCUCACCAGAAGCUUCGAUGUCAGAAGGAGGACAUGGUUAUCUCUCUGUGAAUGGUGAGAUGGUUGAUGGUUUAACUAAACCAAUUUGGGAAUGGGAACAGCUGAGUUGGCCUUGAAGCUUGCGAGAUUCAUAAUCAAGCAAAUUGAAGUUACGUACUGGUUUUUUGUCACAAAAAAAAGUUACGUACAUUAUUACGUAGUUGAAUUUAUGACCAGAAAGAUUUUUUUUUUUUGAGCAAUAAUUUGAGCAAGAAUAACUGACAAAAGGUAACUUUCUUUAAUUUCGUUUUCUUAGAGAAUGUAAAGUCAUCGAGCAUUUAGAACUUUAGAAACUCAAAUGUCAAAACCGUGAAAUUAGCUUAAUUAAGACGAAAAAGUCAACAAAGAGGAAAAAAUAAGGGACAGAAACAAACCAAAGAUUAAAUUACCAAAAUAAUACUCAAUCCGUUCCACAAAAA